AUGAAGUGUGCCCGCGCCGUCCCCCUUCUCUUCUCUCUCCUCUCCCUCUUCGCCCCGUCCGUCUUCGGGGCCACAGCACUCGACAAGCGCGAGCACAGCAACCACAAUGGCCGCAAAGCGGCGCGACCCACGAGUCCCAAGUACUUCCAAGAGCCUGGCUCGGACCCGACGCUCGGCCACUACGACAAGCGCUACUAUCACGGCCUCAUCGCGUACGGCGAGCACCAGGCAAUCCUGCAGCACCUGAUCCGGUCGUACCUGCUGACGUCCCGCUCGCUCGGCAUCGAGACCUGGAUCGCCCACGGCACGCUGCUCGGCUGGUGGUGGAAUGGCCGGAUCAUGCCGUGGGACUACGACCUCGACGUGCAGGUCUCGGACGUCACGCUCUUCUACAUGGCGCAGAACUACAACCGGACGAUCUACACGUAUCGCUACCGUGACGAGUCCGGCCGGGAGUUUGAGCGCGAAUACCUGCUCGACAUCAACCCGUACCACGCCAACCCGCGCAGUGACGGACAGAACAUCAUCGACGCCCGCUGGAUCGACACCAGCAACGGCAUGUUUGUCGACAUCACCAGCCUCGCCGAGCGCGAUCCUCGCCGCGCUCCCGGCAUCUGGAGCUGCAAGAACUUCCACCGCUACCGCACGCGCGAGCUGUAUCCCCUGCGCGAGACCGAGUUCGAGGGCGUGCCGGCUUCGAUUCCCUACAGCUUUGAUCGCGUGCUGACGGCCGAGUAUGGCCAGAAGUCGCUGGUGAUCACCCAGUUUCAAAAACACAAAUGGGACGAUGAGAUCAAGGAGUGGGUGCAAAUGUCGGGCAACCGGACAAUCGUCCCCCAUACAACACCGGCUCCGAAUCCUGUCACGAUGACGGACCGGAAAGGAGGCGACGUUGUGGUGCAGGACGAGGCAGAAGACAACGCCGACGACAGCGACGACGACUCGGACGACAGCGCAGAAGAGUCCCGCAAGUUUGUCCAGAGCGGUUGA